CAGAAUUGACCUGAACUUUAAAUGACUUCUCUCUGCCCAAGGUUUUCACUGAUGUGGAGUCACUUGAAGUUUUGCUUUGCUUUGGGUUAGGUUCGAAAAAAUAAUGUCACCGUCAGUUCGUGCCCUUUUUUGGCAAAGUUUUCCACAAUUUCAAGUAAAUGUCUGAUCGUCCAAAUGCGUUAGACCACUCAGCUUGCAGACCUUUUCCUUGUGGGCCAGAUCUCUUUUCGAACGACUUUACAGAUAGCAAAAUUGACUCAGAGUGGGGUUUCCCAGCGUCCCCUCGAUUGCGUUUGCAUUCGUUGGGCGCAGUGGAGCGAAGGAUGAACGACCUGGAAUUGGGGGAUCGACCCCCAUCUCCAGCUCGUCUCGCACACACAUCUGACAAACAUGCACGUUGUACACUUAAUGAGUUAAGUGUACUACGACGCCAUCGCGAACUCUGUGAUGUUGUUCUCAAUGUGGGAAGUCGUAAAAUAUUUGCGCAUAGGGUGAUAUUGUCAGCGUGCAGUCCAUACUUCAGAGCAAUGUUCACAGGGGAGUUGGCAGAAUCUAGACAAACUGAAGUUACCAUACGAGACAUUGAUGAAUUGGCCAUGGAAUUGCUUAUUGACUUUUGUUAUUCAUCAAACAUUGUUGUUGAGGAAGGAAACGUACAAACAUUACUACCAGCUGCUUGUCUUCUACAGUUGGCCGAAAUUCAAGAUAUAUGUUGUGAAUUUUUAAAACGGCAGCUGGAUCCAUCAAACUGUUUGGGUAUUCGGGCAUUUGCCGAUACUCAUGCAUGCAGAGAAUUACUCCGUAUUGCGGACAAAUUUACUCAGCAUAAUUUCCAAGAGGUAAUGGAAAGUGAAGAGUUCCUACUUUUGCCAGUUGGACAGCUAGUUGACAUUAUCUCAAGUGAUGAACUCAAUGUGAGGUCUGAAGAACAUGUAUUCAGUGCUGUCAUGAAUUGGGUCAAAUACAAUGUAUCAGAGAGAAGACAACAUUUAUCUCAAGCUUUGCAACAUGUGCGGUUGCCACUUCUCGGUCCUAAAUUUUUGGUUGGCACUGUGGGUUCAGAGCUCUUGGUUAGAAGUGAUGAGGCUUGCAGAGAUUUGGUUGAUGAGGCUAAAAACUAUUUAUUACUGCCCCAAGAGAGGCCUUUAAUGCAGGGCCCUAGGACACGACCCCGGAAACCAAUGCGUCGAGGAGAGGUUCUGUUUGCCGUUGGAGGCUGGUGCAGUGGAGAUGCAAUCGCAUCUGUGGAGAGAUUUGAUCCUCAAACAAUGGACUGGAAAAUGGUUGCACCAAUGAGCAAACGCCGCUGUGGUGUUGGUGUUGCAGUGUUGAAUGAUCUUCUUUAUGCAGUUGGAGGCCAUGACGGACAGUCUUAUUUGAAUAGCAUAGAAAGAUAUGAUCCUCAAACAAAUCAGUGGUCAUGUGAUGUUGCUCCUACUACAUCCUGCCGGACAAGCGUGGGAGUAGCUGUCCUAGAUGGCUUCCUCUACGCUGUUGGUGGACAAGAUGGUGUUCAGUGCUUGAACCAUGUUGAAAGGUAUGAUCCAAAGGAAAACAAAUGGUACAAAGUUGCUCCUAUGACAACAAGGAGAUUAGGCGUAGCAGUUGCAGUGUUGGGCGGCUUUUUGUAUGCUAUUGGAGGUUCAGAUGGGCAGUGUCCUCUGAACACUGUGGAGCGUUAUGAUCCGAGGGCCAACAAAUGGUGCCCUGUUGCCCCUAUGUCUACAAGGCGCAAACAUUUGGGGUGUGCUGUAUUCAACAAUUUAAUUUAUGCUGUUGGAGGCCGUGAUGACUGCAUGGAAUUGUCGAGUGCCGAAAGAUACAAUCCUCACAGUAACUCAUGGAGUCCAAUUGUUGCUAUGACUUCCCGUAGGAGUGGCGUUGGUUUGGCAGUAGUCAAUGGACAGCUCUAUGCUGUUGGAGGGUUUGAUGGGACUGCUUACCUGAAGACUAUUGAGGUGUAUGACCCAGAUCAGAAUCAAUGGCGACUUUGUGGAGCCAUGAAUUACCGUAGGUUAGGUGGUGGUGUUGGUGUCAUGCAGACUCCUCAGACUGAAAACAACUAUUGGUGACUAACGCCUUCCCCACCCCAUACAAUUCCAUUUGAUACGUAUGGGUCGCCUGGGGAAUACAUGGGACUUUCUGUUGUACACUUUCCUGACAAGAAAAUGUGAGGAUGAAGAUGAUUCUGUAUCUGAACUGUUUCUUUACGCUAGACUAAACUGUUCUUAUGUGUUCAUGUGCAAUUUAUAAUUUCAAUUGAUGAAUAGUUAAUGAGUUGUAAGAACCUAGAGAAGCAAGAUGUUCUAUCAAAAUUGUUUCAAAUAGCUCAUGUGACAGAUAAUGUGCAUAGUGUAUAGAGUAAUUGUGAGUAGUAUGUAUUUGUUAACAGUCAGGUCUGAUUAUUUUUUAUGUUAAUUUGGAUUAAUUUUGUCUGAAUCUCAGAUUUUGUGUACCUAUUUAAUUAUAUGGUACAGUGCUUUGCCUUUGAAUAUUUUUGCCUCGGUGACCCUCUGUCACUAUGUAGGGCUUCUUACUCUUAAUGUUCUCUACCUUCUGGCAUGAUGUGUUGUGAUUAUCUGAAUGUGAUUUAAUUUCUUGUAUAUGAAGUGUUAUGAAGAUGGUGUUAUAAGAAAACUAAGAUAUUAAGAUAUACUACCUGCUAAGCCACUGGUGCCUAAUCCUGCAACACAAAAUGAUUGAAGUAUGAACCUUCCCCUGUAUUUUAGUUUAUUGACACACUUUGCUAAAUCGAGAAAAAAAGAUGCUUGUAUAUACCAAAACUGUAUCUUUACCUCAUUGAAAUUGAACAAGCAGAGUCAGUAACUCAUUUUCCUCUAUAACUGAGUUGAGGAGAGGAAAUUUGGAACUGUUAUUUAUUUGCUAAUAAUUGAUGUAAUGGAGGAUGAUUAUUUUUUUGUAAUUCUGUAAUAUACUUAAUUGCUGCACUUAAUUUAUCCUUGUGAGCUGGCUUUUACAAUGUAUUAUGUGCUUUAGAGAGUUCUUGUAUCAUUAAUUUAACUUGCCUUUAUGGUGUUAGCUUCAAACAGGGCCCUACAUACAAACAUUAUCGCCAUUUAUAAAAUGUUGGUCAUUUGAUAUUGUGUGAUACUUUUCUCAGAAUAAUAGGCUUAUAAGCUUUGCACUAUGUUCACUGGGACUCAAGUCACUGUUGAAGAGUUAUUCCAGCUACAUGCACUUGUUAGACCAGCCACAAUAUGGCACUGAGCAAUCAAGAGAAUCAAGAGCAAUUGUUUCAAGUUCAUAUUUUUGUCCACUGUUUCACCACAAUAAACACAAGCGUAUAUAUUAGGGUGAAAUCUUAUCUCACAACUAUAUACUCUGCUAAUAGUGUACCCUGAAUUAGUUCAUCUAAAUUGAAAUGCCAAUCUCCACUGCCAGUUGUUUCAUAUUUGUAGCCAUUUACAGAUGUGCUGCUGUUUAAAGAUAUUCUGUAAAUUUAUAUUUCCUUUUGAAUUUUCUGUGAUAAGUCUACCGAAUCCUCUAGUUUUGAGUUUCUGUAGAUGUAUUUUAGUAACUGUUGUUAAACAAUCAGUUCACUUGAAGUGUGAAUUAUAGUGGUUGCAAAUU